AUGGCCGCCGCUAUCGUAACCGAGAAGCCGCUCUCAAACCCGUCGAACCCUGUCGUCUUCUUCGACGUAGCCCUGGGAGGAAUGAAUGGCGAACCUCUUGGACGUAUAAAGAUUGAACUCUUCGCAGAUGUUGUCCCGCUCACCGCAGAGAAUUUCCGACAGUUCUGCACUGGUGAGUCGAGGAAUAGUAUGGGGCGACCGCAAGGGUACAAAGGAUGUAAAUUUCAUCGUGUGAUCAAAGGUUUCAUGAUCCAAGGAGGCGACUUCUUAAACGGCGAUGGAACCGGUGGAACAUCGAUAUAUGGAACCCGUCAUUUCAAAGAUGAGAAUUUCGUCAAGAAACACGAAGCGGCUGGAAUUCUUUCCAUGGCGAACUCGGGACCGGAUACAAAUGGAUCGCAGUUCUUUAUCACCGCCGAUGCAACGCCGCAUCUAGAUAACAAGCAUGUCGUGUUCGGACAAGUCGUCGAGGGUAUGGAUGUCGUGAGGAAGAUCGAGAACGCCAGAACAAUUCUUGAUCGUCCGACUUCGGAUUUGGUUAUCACGCAGUGUGGGGAAAUGUGA